UAUACCUUAUUGCAUUUUAAAUUUAAUGUUAGCUAUAGAAAUUGCUUGCAAUCAAUUCUUACAGUUCAGUUUAUUAAACAAUAUGCAACUGCAAACUAUUAAAUUUGUGCUUUUGCUGCUUUGUUUUAACAAAGUGAGCUCAGCUGCUGUGCAAACAAAUGAAAUUUACAACAGAGCUGCACAUUUAAUAAACAGUUUGAAAGCGGAACUAGCGCAGCUUAGCGCCAGUUUUGGGCCAAUUGCAGCUAGACAAGGUUAUGCGCCUUCCUGUUUGGCUGCUGGGAUUAAUGAGAAUGGCAUACAAACUAUACGCGUGCCGGGCUUGGAGCAGCCCUUCGAUGUGGCAUGCGACACGCGCACAGCUGGCGCUGGCUGGACCGUUGUGCAGCGGCGUCAAGAUGGCAGCGAGAAUUUCUAUCGCAGCUGGGCGGAGUACAGAGCGGGCUUUGGCAAUCUAAGCGGCGAGUUCUUUAUGGGACUGCAGCAGCUGCAUUAUAUAACCAAAGCAGAGCCCUAUGAGCUGUACAUACACCUGGAGGACUUUGAUGGUGUAACGCAUUAUGCUAAAUACGAUCGCUUUGAGUUGGCCAAUGAAACUGCAGGUUAUGCACUUGAGGUGUUGGGUAAAUACACUGGCGAUGCUGGGGAUUCACUUAAAUAUCACAAGGGCCAGCCGUUCUCUACAUUUGAUAAUGAUAAGACAGCCAAACGCUGUGCUUUGACCUAUGUAGGCGCUUGGUGGUACAACUCCUGUCAACACAGCAAUUUGAAUGGUCAGUAUGUGCAGGGCGGCAGCUAUGAGGUGAAGCUCACAGGUCGUGGCAUUGUUUGGAAGAGCUGGCGAGGCUACGAUUAUGGCUACAAGUUUGUACAGAUGAUGAUACGGCCAAGGUGUCGUGCCGCCUAAAGCUAAUUAAUAAUAAUUUUUGAUUGUGUGUGAGUCACACAGCGCAAAAUCGCAGCUAACUAAAACUUGUUUAUCAAUAAUUGUUCAAAUGUUUAUUAUUUUUUGCCAUUUGUUAUCACUGUAUUUACGUUUUAUACUUUUGUGUAUUUGUAUUGCGCUUGUUUUUAUUAUUGUUGCUUUUGCUUUUGUUAAUGCGCGGCACUUGACAACAUUUAAAACAAUCACACACGCGUAUACUAUGCGUUGUGUUCACUUCAGGUCGCGGUCUUCAAAUGAAGAGAAAACGUCGC